UUUAAAAAGAUAGAGGAACAGAGAUCCUGAUAAGAUAGAACGAAAAGAGAGAUAAAGUUAAAGAAAUUAAAUACCACCAAUUUCGCCCACGAAAGCCUCUCUCUCGUUCGUUGCUUCAAACUUCAAACUUCAAACUCCUCCGCGGCUUCCCUUCUCGUUCUUCUUCACAGAAAUGGAGGUAGCAGUGGCCAAAGCGUUGAAACCGAGUUUAAGGAGUGAGUUCAUCGUUCAGAAAAUGCACUGCGAGGAUAUUUUCAGCCUGAACGCGAACACCGUCGCCGUCGGCGAAGAUUUCUCCGUGGACGACCUAUUUGACUUCUCUAACGGCUCUCUGCACAACGAACACCAACAAGAGUGCGACGAAGAGAAACAAAGUUUAUCUGCUUCGUCGCAGUCACAGGACCGUGGAGAAGACGAUAGCAACUCCAAUUCCACCGGCGUUUCCUAUGAUUCACUUUUCUCCACCGAAUUAGCCGUUCCGGCCGGUGACUUGGAGGACCUAGAGUGGGUUUCACACUUCGUGGACGAUUCACUCCCGGAGCUGUCACUUUUAUACCCGGUUCGUUCGGAGGAAGCGAACCGGUUUGUUGAACCGGAACCCUCAGUGAAGAAAACGCCUCGUUUUCCGUGGGAAAUGAAAAUAACGAGCAAGGCGAGAAGCGUACGGAAUAGGAAGCCCAACACUCGCGUGUGGUCAUUGGGCAGCACGUUGCUCUCGCUCCCGUCUUCGCCGCCCGCGAAGAAGCAGAAGAAGCGGGCUGAGGCCCAGGUCCAGCCCGUUGGAGUCCAGAUUCAGCGGCGGUGCAGUCACUGCCAGGUGCAGAAGACGCCGCAGUGGAGGACCGGCCCACUGGGCGCCAAAACCCUUUGCAACGCGUGCGGGGUUCGGUACAAGUCGGGUCGGUUAUUUUCGGAGUAUAGACCGGCGUGUAGUCCCACCUUCUGCAGCGAUAUUCACUCCAAUAGUCACCGUAAAGUGUUAGAGAUUCGGAAGAGGAAAGAGGUGGCUGAACCGGAUACCGGCUUGGCCCAGACUCAAAUGGUUCCCACCUGCUGAUAUUUUAUUAGAGUCUAGGGAAAAAUUUGCAGUUUAGGAAUACAAACCCGGUUUGAACCGGUUCGGUUUUUGUAUGAUAUUUAGUUAGUGCUAGUGCUAGGCAGUAGUCACACUAGUCAGGCAACCAACCGAUAAUAUUAGGAAUUACUAGUAAUUAGGCAUUGAUUGUUUGUAUUUGUAAGGUUGUAUUGUAUUGUAUCCCAUUUACUUAGUGUUGUUGAUUUUAUUUAAUUUAAUACAUAGUUUAAGUUAACUUGAGGAA